AAGACAAAUAAAACAUCACUACGAACCGGGGGACAGCUUGUUAUCAAAUUAUCGAGCACCCCAUGCUCAUUUUUGCGGGGAUUGGAGAUUGGAUUUACGUCAUCUAAUCGUAAAGUUUUCUUGGCGCUGUGAGUGGCUAGCUGGUGUUUUUAUGAUAUUGUUUUGACACACGCCUGAUGGCGGUAUAGGGUGAUGGAAAGAUUUUAGGCACAGGCAACUCAUCGCACUCAUUUUUUAAAGUUGAUCCAAACACGGUGAGAGGCGUGUCUCAUUUAUUCUUCAGAAAGCAAAAUCUGUGGCUUUGUGUCUUUGCAAAAACUCACUGAAUCUUCAUGUUGCUGCUGUGUUUAAACAAUUUAUCAUCCAUACCAAACUGAUUUGCCACGGCAGAGCCGACCAGAACUAAAAUCUGUUUUGUUUUUGGAAAUUGUCUGCAGUCGAUUAGGAUAAAAUGCAAGAAGACAGUAUCUAUCAGACAGGUAGCAUCCAGACGGCAUCAUCCCCUGCGGUCCGCCAUCUCAGCCCGGUCGCCUGCAUGGAGCACCCAUCUCAAGUCUACCAUUCAGCUCUUUGGUGGAAUGCAGCAUCGGCAUCCACCCUACACGGUGAAGCACCGGUAAUCACCCCCACCGAUCUGGCUCACCGUAACCUGGCCGCUCUUAGGUACUACUCCAAUUCUCUGCCUCCAUGUGCGUUAACGCAUCCCUUCUCGCAUCUCGCUUCGUCACACCCGUACUUCCCUACCACCAUGGAGGGCCUGAGCUGGCUGAGACUCGCUGCCCAUCAUGAUUUCUACAAACUGGUCCGACCUCCGUACUCCUACUCGGCCCUCAUAGCGAUGGCCAUCCAAAGCUCGCCCGAGCACAAAAUCACCCUCAGCGGCAUCUAUCGCUACGUUGCCGAAAACUUCCCGUUUUACAAGCGCAGCAAGGCAGGCUGGCAGAAUUCCAUUCGCCACAACCUCUCCCUCAACGACUGCUUCAUCAAGGUACCUCGAGCCGAUAACGACCCGGGAAAGGGCCACUACUGGACCCUCGACCCCAACUGCGAGAAAAUGUUUGACAACGGGAAUUUUCGACGAAAGAGGAAACGACGGGGCGAUUCUCUCGAGAGCCCUUCGUCAACCGUGCCCUCGUCACCCUCUUCCCUCGUCAUAGACGACCACCCGAUGUCGACAUUGAGACCGGUCAAGCGUUUCAUCAUCGACCAACCCGAUGCAGAAGACCCAACGAAUGUUGACCGAAUAUAUACCACUCAACAAUCCCACCAACAAGGGCGUGGUCUUCGAGAAUAUUACAUCAAUGGUCAAGAUACAUCAGUGGUUUCCAAGGCGAUUCAUCUUCGGCAUCCUCCUCACAUCUCAAAGCAGUCAGAAGGGGACCUUCUCUCCGGGAUAUCAUCAGCAGGAAAAUGUGUUCAGAACAAAAAUAAAGCUAUCCUUAAAUCAAGCUUCAGCGUAAGGAGCCUACUCGGCCAAGACACAGAUGAAACAGCAGGUAAAGAAGAUCCAUGAUUGUGAAAUAUUUAAAAUUAUUUCAGAGAACAUUAGAACAUUUUGCAUACGGGAGUGAGGAAGUUAAAUUCCCAUGUCACAAGUUAGAAUAUCUUUAUAUUGACAGGGUAUAGUCUAAGUAGAUAAACAUGGAUAAUGCAAAUAGUUUUCAAAAUCAUUUUGCAAUUGUUGUUGUGUAAGACACUUUAAUUGUUUUUAGACUUGAAUAUUGUGCAUAUUAUACUCAUAAUAAAGAAAUGCAGAGAUUUGAACGAGAAUGGAUGGAAACACACAGGAACAAAACUGUUUCAUGUUUUUCUUUACAUGACUGAAUAUGAUGAAUGCAUCCCGUACUUGUCAUUUUUAUUCAUUCUAACCUAUAAUAGCUACUGCCACUUUAUUGAGAUUUAUGAUAUGGUUCUACACAAACAUGUACAACAUUGAGAGCGAGUGGAAUAUACAAUGCCAAAAUAUGUUAGAUUUGCAGACGGUUUAAAAUUGUGACCUAUUGAACUUUAGGAAACAGCAAAGUUUGCAGUAGAUUAUAUUUACCAUUAUUGCAGAUAAUAUUUUUUUCAUAUCACUUUUUAGGAUUGAGAAGUCUAUGUAAUGCACCUGGUAUGAAGGAGGAUAAAGAGAAGAGAGAUACUGAAGCAAAAUAUGAUGUUUAUUGACACAAUUGAUAUUGAUAUAAUUAUGCUUAAUGUAUUCCCUUUUCGUUAAACUUUUCAAUUCAAUUCAAUUCAAUUCAACUUUUCGCCUCCCAAUAAUUCACCAAAUUUUAUUCAGACCAUAAUGGUUGGAGAUCAUUCAUAACUCUGUUACCUAUGGCUUGAUUGAUAAAUUGAAUCCAACAUCUUUAAAAUCCUAUAACAAGAUUAAAAACUUUCGAACCCAGUUUUAAUUUCAAUAUCAAUUUCAGCGAAUUAUAUUCCUUGUACUGAAUCAUGUUUGUUAUGUGAAUGUUGAUCAAAAUAUGUAUAUUUCGACUUGAUUUGAUCUCAAUCUUUCUGACACACCAUCCAAGUUUGGUCAGUUUAAAAAGCGAAAGUCAAAAUAUUAGUGGUUUCAUCAUGUUGAGUAGCCAUUUUUAAGCUUAAGUUAAGUCAUAUAAUUCUAUAUAUACUUAGCAAUCCAUUCAUUAUGAACACGAUGAACCCAACCUAAAUACUACAAGCGAAUCGGAAGGAUUCUAAAAUCCCCCAAAUAGAUAAAUAUUUAUAUAUAAAACAGCAUUGAUGUGCUAUAACUUUAUGUGUAUAGUAAAUAUUAGAUUAUCAUAAAGCGAAAUAAUCCUGCUUCAUGAUUAUGUUUUCCGUUUAAAUUUUGUUACCCCAAAAUAAUGUGACCUGGUUCUCGAUCAUAAAUGGAAUUUUGAGGAAGGUUUGGACUUUAAUAAUCCAUAAUUGUGGGAAGUUGAUAUCUAUAGGUGAUAUGUUGUAUAAUAACGUUUUAAUAUUGUUUCUUAUCGUUGCAUAUAUUUCAGUUUCAUUAUUGACUGUAAGCAUACAAGGACCAUGUUUCAUCAAGACCUACAAUAUCGUGUUUUUUAUUCUUAUUGUAACUACCGUCAGCCCUUGAAAACAUUGAUUAUGAUUGGAUGUUGAGCCUCGUUACCAUGGUAACGACCAUUAAUGGCAAAGUUAUCAUAUUUGUAAGUCUCAGUCUAUACGAUGCAUAUUUGUUAAACGUCAUUUAGUAUCCAGUUUGUUUAAACUAUAUUACUUAUAUGGUUUUAUUUUAUUUACAUUAUUUUUUUUUCUAUCCGACUGGUCGGUUUUGUAUACUAAAACGUUAUAUUAAUUUUCUUUAGAGAUGCGGGCAUCUUUAUAGUCCGACUAUGCAGACUGCAUGCAGCUAUAGGUAAAUUAAUAUCUUAUUCUCAAAUUAAUAAUCAUCUUCAGUCGAUGUGAUAGAAUUGUAUUUUUCUGUGUCAUAAUGCUAUGAUUUAUAAGGUGAACUGACAGUGAUCAAUUGGGCAUACUUAAAUAGCACUGGACGACAAAAUUAUUUUAUAACCAUUUCCUUAAAGCCUGCUAAACUCAUGUUGCUUUUUUGUAUUACAAAUGAUUUAGCAUGUUGCCGAUGUGACUUUUCAAAGAUGUAUUUUGUAUUUUAACAGAGCAGGGGGGGGGGUAAAAGACCUUCGUCCAGUACCCCCGUUCCCCAUGAUCGCCGCAGAUAGUGUAAAGACCAAUUGAGAAAUAGAUCAAUAAAAUUUUGAAAAUCAGCUGUUGAAAACAUAUAAAUGGGGUACAAAUUUCGCUUUGCUUGCCAGUGUCGGAACUCCUCUGCCUCAGGGAGAGGGUGCACAUGCAGAGUGCCGCCCCAGCUUAUAUACGCCCUUGUUAAUUCUAAAGCAUUUUAUUUAACUUAAAGUUUGUUGAGUUUUAACUGGUUUCCCUUGAUCCACUGACCAUGCUGACGUACAGAUGGGGGAGGGGGAGGCUUGGGCUCUUGCCCCCCCCCCCGAAGAAAAAAAAACCCGACCAAGAAAAAAAGGACAGAAUAGGAAAAAUUGUGAAAAUAUGAUAUUUUUUUCUGAAUAUUAUGUCAAAAUCUAUCUAAAUAUUUGACUUUGUAAUAAAAAUGUCGACCAUUUUGCUCGCUCGCAACUUUUUAUUAACUUUACGCGAUACGUCAUAUCUGGCCCCCUCAAUUUUGUUGGCUCAUUAGUCAUUACGCCACCGCCUUCAUCUAUUUCCUCCUUUAUCCUAGUCUUCGCGUAUUUUAAUAAUCUUUUUAAAGACGUGGGUGUGUACGCAGAGAAAAACUUAACAAAUCUCUAUGAAGUUGUUUAAAGAAUAUACCAU